AUGGUAGAUCUUUCAGUGCUGGCGCUGCGCCAGGACACGGUCCUCCGCUGUACGACGCCCGGCUGCACCGGGAAGGGACACGUCAACAACAACCGAACGUCUCAUAGAAGUCUCUCCGGAUGUCCCAUCGCCCAUCAGGAGAAGCUGGCCCGCAAAGGAAUCAAGGUACGUUUUCUUAGCACUAAAGGUGGUGGUAUCAGAAGUUGAUGAAACUUUGUACAGAGGUACUUUCGGAUGUGCUUAUUCAGAACGGGGAUAUUUUAAGUUCUGGUCAAGUUAGGGUACCUCAAAGUUGGUAACCUACCAAAGCUUGAGGAACCUACCAAAGCCCUACCUUCAUCUACUAUAACCACAAUUUUUCGAUGGAAUCUGAAUCAGCUUAUCUAACAGUACCUACCUUCAUCAAACCCCGAAUACUUUUUGAAAAUUAUCGAUUUUUCCUGUAGCAUCACCAUCUCGAUGAAAAUGAAGUAAUUUGAAUUCUCUGCAGGUCACCCCACAACGGCCAAGAAGUCCGACCGGCUCCAGAUCGAUCUUGGGCGAAGAAUCGCCCCUGGACUUGACCCUCCGAGGCCUCAGCCAGAUGAUCCCGCCCCAGAUGGCCGGCAUGAUGCCUUCCUCGUGAGUUAUAGAACAUUUUAAAAAGGUGACAACUUGAGGAGUCUCAAUGGAAGUCUGAGGUCUAAAAAAUUGAAUAGUCAUAACUUGAAAUUAGGAAGCCCCAAAGGGAGCUUGAAGUUUUGUAGUUUCAUCUGUUAUUGACUUAAGAUGCUAGGAUAAUCUCAAACCUUCUUCUUAGGCUUUUGUAUCGCUUUAGGGGCCCAAGUCAAGGUCUCACCCUGAUAUCAGUGAUAAUAAAUGUACCGGUUCUGAUGGCCCACCCGUCUUUGUGAUGGCUAGGGGCUCUAAAGCCGUGGUACUACUGAAAUCUCUCAAAAUCCCUUGGUUGUGCCGCCGCAGGGAUCGAACUUGUGACCUUUUGAACCGUAGACCAGUGUACAGCCGGUUGCGCUAAGAUCAGUAGACCGGUUCUAGUGGUCCAGCCGUUCUUGGGACGGCUAAGGGUUCUGAAGCCGUGCUACUACCAAAAUUUCUGGAACUCCUCGAUUGGGACGCAACGGGGAUCGAACCUAUGAUCCUUUGAACCGUAGACCGGCAGACAACCGGCUGCGCUAAGAUCAGUAGACCAGUUCUAGUGACCCAACCCUUCUUUUGACGGAUGGGGGUUCUAAAACCGUAGUACUACCAAAAUGUCUUAAAACCUCUUUUUUGGGUCGCGGGGGAUCGAACUCGUGACCCUUUGAACCGUAGACGGGCACACAACCUGUUGAGCUAUGACUCGCCUGGGAAAAAAAUAUUAAAAAAAGAGGAUUUUUCCAUGAUCCUUUUGCAGUUCUGUAGAUUUUACACAUUUUUUAACUAUUUUUCAAAAAACUUCAUUCUGAAUAGGUUUUUUUCAAACUGUAUAUAGACUAUUUUCUACAGUUUACCCAAUAUUUUCUAUCUGAACCUUUUGGGAAACUCCUAAAAAAAAACCAUAUCAGAAGCUUAGAAAAAACCCCGAUUUCAGUGCCGUGAUGGAAGCCCUGAUUCAAUUCGCCUCUAAGGCCACCGCCGACCAGAAAAUCAUGGACGAGGAGGUUUUUUCGACAAUUUUACAGAGGAAAUAAUACUUUUUGAAUUUCCAGGCUGAAGAAAACGACCAGAGUAUGACGGAACCGCAGCCGACCUCCCCGCCGCCGUCGCCGCUCGAAGUCGUCGAUAAGCCAGUAGAAGAAGAGCCGAAGCAGCUCGUCCAGCUCCCCCAACCGCCCAUGAUCCCCGUCUCCCUCUCCGAAAGCCUUCUGAAAGCGGCGAUGAUGGGCCAGACGGGCCUCCCGACGGCGCCCCCGCAACUCCCGCCCUUCCCGUUCCCCCAGAUGCCGCCGCAAAUGCAGCCGAUGUUGAACCAGCAGAUGCUCACCCAGCUCUUCCUGGCUCAGUUCCAAGUUCAGCCCGGAUUCUGA